AUGUCCCUGUCCACUGCCAGAGACCGUUCAGCUCCGGGUUCACCCAGAGAACAGCGAGCAUACGAGGCUGACCUGAACAUCCAAACUCUGCUGGGGAUCAGGAAGAAGCAACCACCUACUGUCAGACCUUCCAGCAUCCCAGAUGAACUGCUGCUCAGCUUCACCUCCACGGUCUCCAGCAGAAACACACAGGGCCACACUGCACAUCACCGGAACUGUGAAAGUUGCGGAGUCAGGCGGCCAGAUGCAGUUUGGCAUCAUCCAUUUGGACGCAACAAAUACAAAUACCUCCUGGAACAGCCAACAUCGCUGACAGGAGCGGGCAGGGAUAUUUCAUUCCUGUGCGAUGGUGGGGUAAAACAGAAGAAAAUGACGCUUUUGCCACCGGUAAAUGAGCAGAACAGCAUCAGGGACCCACAGGACUUGAGUAUCCCUGAAGCAGUGAUCCCUGAAGAAUUUCACAUCGUGAAGAACAAAGGGAUACAAUGCCUAGAGUUGUAUGAAGAUGCAUUCACAGUGCAGCUCAAAGAUCAAGAGAAGAGGUUGAGAGUCCUUCCAUCUCUGAGACCCAGUGGUCGACUGGAAGCGAUCCAGCUGAUGAGGAUGAUGGAUGACAUGCUGGAAAAGGCCGGAGUGGAUCAGCAGAGCGAAGAGCUGACUGAGAUGUGCCAACUGGAGGGCCUGUUGGAACUGGUGAAGACUGAACAGAAGAUCUACAACAUUGUUUUCCAUGAAGUGAUCAGACAGGUCACUGUGGGCUGUGCUGAGAGAGGACAGCUCCUGGCUAAACUCAGACAGCGGUACCAGUCCCUUUUGGACGGAAUCCCACGCCGUCUGAUGGCUUUACACACUGAAAUGGUGGCACAGCGGGCUGUGGACCGCCGGCUCAUCGAGGAAAUCCACCGCAUCAAGGCUUCCAUCCAGCAGCUAAACACCGAACUAUCGAACAUCAGAGACCACGAGGCGUUUGUUUCCCAGCAGGUGGAUCAUGGACAACAACAACUGGCUGAAGGCCUCAGAGAGACUCACAGCAGCUCAGAUGUUGUCCAGGGUUACCACCAGCUGUAUGAGCUGCAUAGGGCUCGUCUGGAGGAUCAGCUGCUGCAGAUCACUGAAGACAGAGAUCUUUGGAGCCAGUUCACCUUCAGCCUCGCCCUGGAAGUGAUUAAAGUAAAGAAGCUUCAGGUCUUCAGAGAGCUUCACGUCGCCGAGGAAUGCUGGUUCAAGACAGCAAAACACUGCCUCCUCUUCAUCUCAACAAAGGAUGCAGAAGAUCUGCAUAACAUAGUGGAGUUAACCAGCUACUGGAAGGAGCAGCUGAUCAUGCUCAUGUCCCAGCUGAAGCGGACUGAACACGCUCAGUUUGCACAGCUCACAUCCACGCAGCAAAGCAUCACUAAGUGGUCUAAUUUUCUCAAAACACAGAAAAAGGGUUCUGAUCCAGAAUAUGGCAGCUCAGCGCUUGAAGAGAUUAUUGCAGAUGUAAAGCAGUGCUCACAUAUGCUGUCACUCCAGUGUGAGGAAUACCAAGGUGAAAAACAGCUUUUGCUUCAGCAGAAACUAAAUGAGCUGCGCAGUGUCCAGAAAAAGUGGCUGGAUGUGAGCCUUCAGCUCUUUAAAAGACACACUUACUCUGAUGCUGAGUCUGCUGAGAGCCCACAGACCAUAAGAGCGCUGGACAGGGUCCUAAUAGAACUCCUCAAACAGUUUGAACUGAACCUCAGUGGGGAGAAUGGAAUCCACAGGCUGAUGAUGUCACUGGUUUGGUUAAUGGAGUCCUGGACCUCCACAGCUAUUGCUGGGAUUGAUUGGUUUAAACUGGAAGAAGCACUGUUUAACUGGAAAAAGCUAACCGAGGAGAUAUUGUUGCAGUUCUCCACCGCAAAAACUCAAAACCAAAAGGACCAAAACAAACAUGACUUUUACAGAGAGGGAAAAAAAGCCUUAGAUGACAUCCAGGAGUUCACAAGCAGCUUGACUAACUUCACUGAGAGCAAGAACCAGAAACUGGAAGAGGAGGUGAUUUCUAUUCACAUAGCUCAAACCCGCUGGAUGUUGGAUCUUAUGCUUGUCAUGGUUCCUAACCAGAGUGACGAAGAGGAUGAAGAUUUGAACGAUGACUGCUCUGUGAAAAGAAACUCACAGGCUUUACUAGAGGAUGCAAAAACACUUGCUGAGAAACUGCUCUUUUUUUCCACCAUUAUUAACAGAUCAUGCAAUUUGAUUUUGGAAGAGACCAUGAUCCUGGGCUCUGAUACAACUGAGAUGGAAAAUGAGACAAAUGAGUGCAAAAAGUUGCAGAGAGCCUGUGAUCAUUGGGUGGAGACCAGCAAAAUACUGCUCACAGGACUUCAUGGGAAAUCAACGGAAAAGCAUCUGAUCAAGCGACCUGAACAAUCUUUAAGCAGCACCAAUCCAGCAGAAAGCAUUAAGACUAUGGGCUCUGCAGAUCCAUUGGUGGAUUCAAGGCAUGACAUUGAAAGCAUCAGUGAUGAAACUAAGCCAGAAUCAACUGAGGGGGAGCCGUUGGAGUGCGACAGGCCUGUGCUGAAGCUCAUAGACUAUGAUGGAAAUAUCACAGAAAAAUACUUGGAGGAGAGCAGCGUCCAGCUGACUGGGACCGACCAGCUGAUUGUUUCUCCUGUAACAGAAGAGGACAGCAGAGCUUUUAGUGAUCUAACAACAGUAGUUCUACUGCAGCAAGAACUAAGUAAUUAUGAGAUGCGAGCGAAGAACGCCGAGCAGCGAGCUCUGAAAGCAGAGGAGGCCCUGCAUGCAGCGCUGGAGACGAUCCAGGACCUGGAAAGAAGGCUGCAGAGCCCACCUGCUCCAGAACCUCAGCGUGAAAAGAUACAGACACCUCCAUCUCUUUCAGCCCCAUCAGUCCCAACAGCAGCUUCUCCAAAUCCAUCUAUAGGUGAAGCCAAACCAUCAAGCACAACAAAAAAGACCAAGAAACCGUGAUCUGACAUGUGAUCGAAACUUAUCCUCCAAUAUGUGUUUAAGGUUGUCUGAUUUAUUUUGUUGUAUU